UAUAUUUCCUCUUCUUUUCGCUUCUCUUCCCCUUUCUCCUUUCUCCGCCACCGCCAUUCUCACCGGGAUAUCAACUGAAUUUCUCCCAUCGCCGGCAAUGGAUGGAACUAGAUUCGUAAUCGAAGCACCAGAAGCUGAAUCCUUGGCCAAACAAUCAGCCCUCACAAUUCCUCUCCUUCUUCCAACUCUCGUCAAAUCGGCGCAAAGCUUAGCCCGGCCGCCGAUCUCCAAGUACCACGUCGGCGCCGUCGGUCUCGGAUCAUCCGGUAGAGUGUUCUUCGGGGUCAAUCUCGAGUUCCCCGGUCUUCCUCUUCAUCAAUCUGUUCACGCCGAACAAUUCCUCGUCACAAAUCUCGCCCUAAACGCCGAAUCUCACCUCAAUUACCUCGCCGUCUCCGCUGCCCCUUGCGGCCAUUGCCGUCAAUUCCUCCAAGAAGUUCGCUCUUCCGCAGAUAUCAAAAUCCUCGUCUCCGAUUCUGGUUCCGAUUCUGGUUCCGAUUCCAAACCCGACGUUUACGUUCCUCUCCCCCAAUUUCUCCCCCACCGAUUCGGCCCCUAUGAUCUUCUCGCUAAGGACGUUCCAUUACUCCUCGAGCCACGAUUUAACGGCUUGUCUCUACCGAACGAAACCGCCGAAAAUAAUAAGCUCUGUAAUGGCAAUCACGGCGAGAAUUUGGAGAAACUCAAACGCGCCGCCUUAGAUGCCGCGAAUAUGUCCCACGCGCCGUACAGUAAAUGUCCGUCGGGAGUUGCGCUGAUGGACGACAAUGGACGAAUCUACAAUGGACCCUACAUGGAAUCAGCUGCUUAUAAUCCGAGUAUGGGGCCAGUACAGGCGGCGAUAGUGGCGUACAUCGCCGGGGGCGGUGCUGGGUAUGAGAGAAUCGUCGCGGCCGUGUUGGUGGAGAAGGACGGCGUGGAAGUCAAGCAAGAACGGGCGGCGAGGCUUUUACUGGAGACGAUCUCGCCGGAGUGUGAAUUUACGGUUGUUCAUUGUAUCGCGGCCGUGUGAUAAUGGAUCAUUUUUUUUUUUUAAUUUGUAAAUUUUGAAUCACAAUUUCUUUGAUGUUUUUAGACUGUUUGAUGCAUAUCAUGUAAUAUUGUAACGAAAUAAAUUAUAUAAAAAUCCCUCUUUCUUUAUUGUUUUC